GAGCUUGAAAAUUUGCGCACCAAACAAUGCAUCCCCGCUCGCGGUGGCGGUUUUUUUUUUUUUUGGUAGAAUGGUCGCCGGUUUUGUAGACGCCAAGUCAUUUCACCUGUUUUGAAAUAGGUCGUUGCAACCCGAAGGGUUUGACUUUUCGCCUGAAAUUUCCCUUUCUCAACUCCUUCCCUCCAUCAAGGAUUUCCAUUGUCCGAUACCUACCCGAAGCCGUUGAGCAACUCUACUUCUGUAUUGAUAGAGUCCGGGACCAGGCUUGUAAUCCCAGAUCGCUUGUUUGCUGCUCAUUUUUCUCUUUGUUCGCAGCGCUUGUAAACAAAUUGUCUUCUUCGGGAAGGGGGGAAAAAGGAAAAGGAAAUUGCAGCAGAUUUCAUACCAAAUGUUAUGUUACAGUUGAUUGGCGUGCGAUUCCUGCCCCAAUCUUAUAACCAUCCUUUGUAUCUUGAAGAUCGUGGGUUGUCUUGUGCGGAUAAUUGUGUAAAAGAACAAAUAAAUUUUUGCCUUUAUGCUACAUUUUGCAUAGUGAAUCCCCAAUGAAUAACGAUGUCGUCCCAGAUUUCGAGUCUAGCUCCAGCUUUGACUCUCUUCCCUAGCCUCAAGCCCCCUUACAAAACCCUACUUUUUCACCAAAUCUUAGUUCUGGUGAUUACAUUUCUUGCUUAUGCUUCCUUCCAUGCCUCCCGAAAGCCUCCCAGCAUCGUGAAGAGCGUUUUGGGACCCACGAUUAUUUCCAAUUCGACUCAAGGUAAUAGCAUCAGUCCCGGUGAUUCAGGUUGGCCUCCAUUUAAUGGAGCUAGGGGGACUCACCGUCUUGGCGAGCUGGAUCUCGCUUUUCUAUCUUCCUACGCCGUUGGCAUGUUCGUGGCAGGUCAUGUUGGUGAUCGGAUUGACUUGAGAUUGUUCCUUGUAUUUGGGAUGAUGGGUAGUGGCAUUUUUACAAUACUUUUUGGCUUAGGCUAUUGGUUUGAUGUUCAUUUGUUGGGGUUUUUUAUUGGAGUUCAAAUUGUUUGUGGAUUGUUUCAGUCAAUAGGGUGGCCUUGUGUGGUUGCAGUUGUGGGUAAUUGGUUUGGAAAAUCAAAGAGGGGCUUGAUAAUGGGGAUAUGGAGUUCACAUACCUCGGUGGGGAAUAUCAUUGGUUCGAUAAUUGCCUCUGGAGUGUUAGAAUUUGGAUGGGGUUGGUCCUUUGUGGUGCCUGGACUUCUUAUCAUUUGUGUGGGGAUUGUGGUGUAUGUGUUUCUUGUUGCGAGUCCAGAGGAUAUGGGAUUUGUGCACUCUGUAAGUGAGAUUGAAAUGAACGUAGAAACAGAUGGAAUAGAGAAUGUGCAAAAGAUGGAAUCAGAGGACGCAAAACUCCUUGAUCCUGAUGAUUCAGAUUCUUCAUCUGCUAUUGGAUUUUUUGAGGCAUGGAUGUUACCUGGGGUGGCUGCAUUUGCCUUUUGUCUUUUUUUCUCUAAGCUGGUGGCUUACACUUUUCUCUAUUGGUUGCCCUUCUACAUUAGGCACACAGCUGUUGCGGGUGUGCAUUUAUCUAAAAAAUCUGCUGGAAUACUUUCGACAAUAUUUGACAUUGGAGGAGUUCUUGGUGGAGUUAUGGCUGGUUUCAUUUCUGACAUGAUUGAAGCUCGGGCUGUUACUUCUAUUGUAUUCUUGUUUCUAUCAAUUCCAAUGCUGGUUCUCUACCGGCUUUAUGGGAGCCUCUCGAUGUUGAUCAACCUUGUGUUGAUGUUUCUCUCGGGCUUUUUGGUGAAUGGGCCGUAUGCACUUAUCACAACUGCUGUGGCUGCUGAUCUUGGUACCCAAACCUUGAAUCAAGGGAAUUCACGAGCACUGGCUACUGUGACUGCAAUCAUAGAUGGUACCGGCUCUGUUGGAGCUGCUCUUGGGCCACUUUUGGCCGGGUAUAUUUCUACUAGGGGAUGGAACAGUGUCUUCUUUAUGCUGAUUCUGUCUAUUUUCCUGGCUGGCUUGUUCCUAGUUCGUGUGGCAGGAACUGAGAUCAGAGAUAAGAUGAAUGCAGGAAAAUGAUUUGGGAGAUAGAACAAUACAUAUACAAAUUUGUUAAUUAAGGUUAGGGCAGCCAUUGGUGUUUUAGAUGGCAGAGAAGUCAGGAUAUGAAAUAUAAACUGAAAUCAUUGUCAUUCAACUCUGUAUUAUUUACUCAUUCUUUGUUCAUUGAUGCGAAAGAAAUAUACAAGAUUGAUUGAUUUAAUUCGUUGCAAAUGGUUAAAUUGAAGAGUGUUUAUACUA